AUGCCGGAGCCGGAGAUCCAAGCUGAGAAGCACUCUGAAGACAAUGUUGAGAAUCUUCAGAAAACGGCGACCAUCGAUACUCUCCACAAUGAUGAGGCUAUGAAGGUGCUGGCCACCUACGACGGUGACCAGGAGUGGACCGAGAAGGAAGAGAAGAAGUUGGUCAGGAAAAUCGACCGCCGACUGCUCAGCAUCUUGUGUGCCACUUAUGGCCUGCAGUACUAUGACAAAGCUAUGCUGUCACAAGCUGCUCUCUUCGGACUUCGAGAAGAUUUGGACCUGAAUGUCGGGAUCCGCUACUCGAUGUCGGCCUCAAUAUUCUACCUGGGCUUCAUUGUGGGGGCAUACCCAGCCAUCCUACUUGCUCAGAGGUAUCCCAUCGAACGCGUCGUCUUUGGCAUUGUCUUUCUGUGGGGAGCCUGCCUGAUGUGCACGGCCGCUUGUUCAACCUGGCAAGGGCUGUAUGCUCAGCGAUUCUUCCUUGGUGCUCUUGAGUCAGGGGUGUCGCCGGGAUGGAUGCUCGUGGUUGGCGGAUGGUAUAAGAAGCAGGAGCAGGCUCUCAGAAUGGGUGCAUGGUAUUCCAUGACCGGCUACGUCUCGGUUGUCUCCCCCCUCAUCAACUAUGGACUAGGCCACAUCAAGGGAUCUCUAUCUCCAUGGCGUUACAUGUACCUUGUAGCCGGAGCUAUCACGAUCGUUUGGUCUUUCCUCAUUCUGUUCCUGAUGCCGCCGGACCCUAUCCGCGCAAAGCGGUUCUCCGACCGGGAGCGGUACAUCGCCGUAGCGCGCCUACGAGAAAACAACUCUGGAGUCAGGAACACGCAUUUCAAAAUAGCGCAAGUGUGGGAGUUGCUCCUGGAUGUAAAGUUCUGGAUGGUGUUUGUCAUGGCGUUCACCAUGCUUGUGGCCAACGGACCAGUGUCGACCUUCACGCCAAUCAUCAUCCACGAUCUUGGCUUCAGCGGCCUCAAUUCGCUGUUGCUGGUCAUGCCGGCUGGAGCUAUCAUUGGCACGAUCGAGCUGACGGCGCCAUACAUCGCCUACAAGUACAAAGGCUGGCGUGCAUAUCUGGUCGCGAUCACCGUCUGUGGAACCAUCACUGCCUCAUUCAUCCUCUGGCUUCUGCCGCAGGACAGGACUGGACCAAGACUCUUUGGCGUCUACAUUCUGGCUUCGUACGGUGGUGGCUAUGCUGUGCUCAUGUCGAUGCAGAUCGCCAACACGGCAGGAUACACAAAGCGCUCUGUGAGCUCAUCGGGCAUGUUUGUGGGCUAUUGCCUCGGCAACUUCCUCGGACCAUUGGUCUUCAAGACCGAAGAAGCCCCCAAGUACAACACUGGCUGGAUCACCACGAUCGUGACGUCUAUCGUCUGCGUUCUGACAGCGCUCGCGUACCGCUUCUACUGCGCCUGGGAAAACAAGCGGCGUGACCGUGCCGGCGUCAUGGAAGCUUACGAGCAUGCUUAUGAAGAUGACUUGACCGACUUGAAGAAUCCGCAGUUCAGGUACACGCUUUGA